UCGGCUCUGCAACUGCAACGGCAACGCGAACAUCAAACAAAAAACAAAAACAAACUUUGUGUUUGAGAAUUUCGCUGCCUAUCUUCGCAGUUCUCAAAGAUUUUAUAAUUAAAUAAGAAAAAUGACAUCAGUAGCUCCCUCUGAUUCUGAAUCAAAUGUUAGUGGUUUCAUACGAUACAGUGACAAAGCUUUCAAACAUUUGUACACUUCAAUGUUAGAGAACAUGGAGAUUAUAAAUCAAGACAUUCUACAAAUCGAGAAGAAUAUGUCUAAUAUCAUUAAAACUUCAGGUCCCUUGGAGUCACAGAUGUCAACGUUACUGCAAACACUUCCUAAACCCAGCCUCGGCUUGCCAAUGGAGACUGAAUGAUAAAUAAAAAAAAAUAUAUUUAUAUAUAUAAGAUAUCAUAUUAACAUUUGUAGGGCUCAAUAAUUGUAUAUAUUAACAUACUCAACUUGAUUCCAGAUUGUUAACACCAUUUGAUUUAUAUUUUACAGCAGUUCAUCAAAAAAAGGAGUUCCUGAAUUAAUCCUAAAAAUUCAAUCAAAUUAUGUAUUGUGUUAUUAACUUUUAUUUCAUUACAUAUAUUAUAAGCUAAUGUUUCAUAAU